AUGAAAUACUGCCAAAGGAAAGGAUACACGAAAAAUAUUGCGAGGAAACUGUUCCCGUUGGUGCUGGCGGGCGGACUGGGUUUCGUGUCGGGGUCGGUGGAGAGGGACGCCGGCGUGAUCCGGUCGUUGGCGGGCGGGGGAGUGGAGAUGUUUGUGGCGGUGUCGCUCUCCAGGCAGUUCGGGCUCGGUGACGACAGUGUUGGGUGUCUGUUUGUGGUGACGUCAGAUAAAAGUUCCUGGUUGGCUGUGUGCAGUCACCUGAUCUACAUGGCUGUUCCAAUGUGGGGAAACCCUCCCCAACAUGGCGCCCUAGUGGUGGAAAGGAUACUGAAUGACACAAACAAGAGACAGAGAUGGGAGAAGGAGUUGCAGCAUCUUGUCCAACGCAAUGAGUCGGGAAAAAGAGAUGAUACCUGACAUUCCAACAGGCCAGAGGUAGCAUAAUUGUAAACAGAAUUAAAUAAAGCGUCGGGCGUCAAGAACUCAGAUUAAAUAGCCGGAAGGGAAAAAGUGGGAUAAAGACUAUUUUCUUUUAUCGUUGAUAUAACAAACGUUAUAGGUAAUGUUAUUCUAUUGCCAUAGUUGUUUGUAUUACAUACAUAGAAGGGAAACUUGUAAGCUGCUGAAUGUAGUAUAUGAUUACUAGAAUGUGGUGUAUCAUCUCUGACUAGAUGUAAACAGUUGAUGUCUACAGAGCACCGGUAGGGUGGGUACAAAAAUAUAUAUUUAGGUGAAGCCGCCACAACACGUAACGCAUUCGUCGUAGGAUAACACUUUCCCAACUAUCAGACAGCCUUCUGCGAAACAUGACUACUUAAUUUGUACAACGCAGUCACACAUAGAUAUGAAACUGUCCCAAACAUGCUCACAGGUAGCGAUCGUGUGACAAUCGUACGGCGUAUGUGACUGAGCCCUAGGCGAAAAGGCGUUCCUUUAGAAAACAUGGAGAAACGUGUUGAAUCAAAAUGAAGUUAUGAAUGGAUUUCCAAAUCGUUAUGAGAAGAAUGUUACAACAACAACACAAAAUACUCUGCAAGUUUUUCCCGCUUUCAUGAUGAUGUCGAGUUGGGCCAAUUUCAAACGGUAUGUUUAUUCAUAGCGGUAUCGAAUGUUUCCAUGAAGAUUACAUGUAUAAAUGUAGGCACGUACGCCUGUAGUGAUGAUUAUGAAAACGGAAUAUUUUUUACCAGAAGGGCGUGUAACCGUCUUGUUUUAUUAUAUGUAGGGACAUAUUGUGUUGAAUUUUGUUAACUUUUGUUUUGUAAAGUUUUUUUAUAAAAAAAAAACAAAUGAGUAUCAUAACUGAAAAAAAUGGGCAAAGCAGUGGGCAGUGAUCAUGUUUAGAAGAAAUCUGCUCAAAACGUCAGCCCAUGUGUUUUAUCAGUAGUUGGCUCAACUCAAUAAAACCGAAGUGGAACAAUGGAAAUACAGGUACCAACAUAUUAAAUUUAAGGGUUUGUGUGUGCAA